CCACCUUUGACACUCAACGAGCUUCUCUCUCUCCAGAAAGUUGAAACGCGUUGCCAAAAAAGUCAAAAUAAACUCCAGAAAAAGAAAUUCUCAAUCCUCCAUCACCGCAGAAUCUCAAAUACCCAAAUCACAACUUUCUCUCUCCUCUCCUCCUCCCAUGGCGUCGCCGACAACUUACAUCCUUUCUCUCCUCCUCAUUGCCGUCACGAUCUCUACCGUCUGCGCCAGACCAGGCCUUCCAUUCCACCCCUGCAACACCCUCAUCGUCUCCACCUACUCCUUCUCCGUCAUCCCACUAAACCCUAACCCCAACCACAAUCUCCUCCCCCACCACCACCGCCCUCAAUUCCUCGUUGUCUCCGCCGAUCUCAACCCUUACCACCGCUAUUCCCGCCAUGGUCGCUUCUUCCCUGUCAUGGUAGACCGUCUCCCUGUCACCGACAGGACCGCAUCGUUCGAAACCCCCAAAGAACGACCCGAAUUCUUACCCCUAGGGUUCAGCUCGUUGAGGGACCGAACCAAGGACAUUCUCAGCGUCGUCGCGUCUCUUCUCUUUGGCGCUGCUUGUGGGGCCCUUACUGCCGGUACUAUGUACCUUGUCUGGUCGUUGUUCAACCACCGCAGUGGAUCAUACCGCUCAUUGGAUGGUUUCUCCAGCGAUGAUGAUGACAACGAUGAUGAUGAUAUCUUUAACCCUAAGAAGACCGGUUACGUCGCCAUUCCUGCUUCUCCUGUUAAGGCUAUGGACUCUAUCCCUGCUGCUAUCGCUGUCCCUGUCCCGGCGAAGGAGUCUGCUUGAUGUGGGGUAAUAUGGAAUUUGUUUCAUGUUUUCGUUUUAUUAGUUGUAAUGUAAUGUAAUUUGAUGAAUGAAUGGAAUUGGAGGUUGAUCAAUGUAUAACCUGGUGGGGUUUUAUUCACUGAUAAUGAUAUCUUGACUGAUGAUGAUGUCUAUAUAAAAGUUUUAUUACUGUGA